AUGUCGAACAAUGCAAGAAAGCACCUUAUGCGUGGCGCUGUUGUGCAGCUGGACGUGGGAAUCCCGCCAGCGUCUUACAACGUUCAUAUUGAACUGUUGUGCGGACUAUCUCCGGUUUUUGCUGAACUCUACAGCGGUCCAAUGGCCUAUAAAAUGCAAGAACAUCUUCACCUACCAACGGAAGAUUCACGUACUUUCAGAGCAUUCGUCAGGUGGAUGUAUUGGAACCGGGUCUGCAUGAAUCAACCUCUUCGAGUCCUUGAUCUGUUCAAGCUCUGGGUUCUAGCAGAUCAGCUCGGCAUACCUACUCUGCAGAAUUAUGCGUUAAUGCUCUGUAAGAGGCGGCUUGAUCGAGGUGCCAUAGGAACUGACGCGGUAGCCUAUGCCUACGAGAGCACUCUUCCAGGCUCCCCUCUACGUCGGAUGGCAGUGGACUCGUGGGUGUGUAGUGCAGGGAAGAAGAGAUUCCAAGCGCAUAUGGGUAUGUUCCCAUGCGGCUUUCUGCAAGACUUGUGUUCGGCGUUCUUCGGGAAGAAAGACCAUAAUGGCGUUCAACUUUCGGGCCAGCAGCAUUUCGAAUAUUGUUACUUCGUGCCAGAUUCCAAUUUUGAGUCUGGCCGCAGCACUGUACUUGUAUGUGACCCUUUUGCUGUGCCAGCCACAGUGGUGUGGGAAAGAAGGCGCCCUUCAUUAUCUACUCUAUGUGCGCCGGUUUGCGACCGCUCGCCCUAUUCUAAUACUGAAGAGGACAUUAAUGUGAAGAGUGAGAGCAGCGUGAAGAGUGAGAGCAGCAUGGAGAGUGAGAGCAGCAUGAAGAGUGAGAGCAUCGCAGACAAUUAG